AUGGACAGAAAGCGUGGAAAAUAUGUAGUCAAUAUUGAACACUCUGAAAACCAGCUUCCAAUCACGUGUUCAGAUGACCAACAGGCUCACAGUUCUGCAUGCUGGCAUCCACCUUCAAGUGGUACAACUGGUCAUGUCUCGUCCAACCUAACUGGGGUCUAUGUGAGCCCAGUAGCCCUUGCACACUCAAGAAACCCACACACAGAAUUGUCCAGUACAGAGGCAAAAGGAAAUUGGUGUAAUGACUUGUCUCUGUGGAAAGUCUUUUUGGCUUGUCUCUUAGCCUGUGUGAUAACAACAGCAACUGGAGUACUCAUAAUAUGCCUGGUGAACAACAGAGAAAAUGACAGUUCUCCCAUUACUAACCAGCUACCUGCAAACAAUGAGGAGCCUAUACUUAGCAUUCCUGGAAUGACCUCUACUACUUCACAACCUGCAGGGGCCACCACGUCAACUGAACCCGUAACUAAAACCACUUCAACAGAAUCUACAGCCACUGCAACGUCCAUUGAACCUACAGCCACAACAGCCAUCACCAUCGCUUCCACUGAACCCAGAACCUCAACAGCCAUCACUAUCACUUCGACUGAGCCUACAACCUCGACAGCCACUGCCAUCACUUCCACAGAACCUAUAACCACAGCAGCCAUCGCCAUUGCUUCAACUGAACCCACAACCUCAACAGCCAUCACUAACACUUCAAAUGAGCCUACAACCUCGACAGCCACUGCCAUCACUUCCACAGAACCUACAACCACAAAAGCCAGUCGCCAGUAA